AUGUCCGGUCUGGAGUCGUAUAUCAACCACACAGUGUCCAUCAUCACGGCGGACGGACGGAACUUCAUCGGAACACUCAAGGGAUUCGACCAGACCAUCAACAUCAUCAUAGACGAGUGCCAUGAACGCGUCUUCUCUACCACCUCCGGCAUCGAGCAAAUCGUGCUGGGACUGCACAUCAUCCGGGGGGACAACAUUGCAGUGAUCGGACUGAUAGAUGAGACCAUCGAUUCCCGCUUGGAUUUGGCCAACAUCAGGGGCGAGCCGCUGGGCCCGGUGGUGCACUAGGAUAGCGAAUAAAACCAGUGAUUUUCAAGACUUAA